AUGGAAGUUGAAAAUUCUCCCUCAAUUAUUACUAGUACUUAUGAUGAUGAUGGACAUGACAAAAGGCUAGGAACUUUAUGGAGUGUUGUAGCUCACAUCAUUACUGCUGUUAUUGGUUCUGGUGUUCUGUCUCUUGCAUGGAGUACCUCCCAAUUAGGAUGGAUUGGAGGGCCAAUUGUCUUGCUUUGUUUUGCAGCCAUCACCUAUAUUUCUUCUGCCCUCCUUUCUGAUUGUUAUAGAAGUCCUGAUUCUAUCACUGGGAAAAGAAGCUACUCAUACAUGGACGCUGUUAGAGUCAAUCUUGGUGAAAGAAGGACAUGGUUGGCCGGUUUCCUUCAAUUUUUGGUUUUGUAUGGGACUAGUUGUGCUUAUGUACUUACCACGGCAAAUAGUCUAAGGGCAAUUCUAAAAGCAAAUUGUUAUCACAAAGAAGGGCAUCAAGCUCCUUGUAGUUAUGGGGCUAAUUUGUAUAUGGUGUUGUUUGGACUUGUUGAAAUUGUAAUGUCAUUCAUACCAGACCUCCAUGACAUGUUAUGGGUUUCGGUUGUUGCAGCAAUUAUGUCAUUUACAUACUCAUUCAUUGGACUAGGACUUGGCAUAGCAAAAGUCAUAGGUAACUUUUAUUCUUACAAGAAUUAUGGGAGCAUAACAGGAAUACCAGCAACUAACAUUGCUAAUAAGUUAUGGUUAGUCUUCCAAGCACUUGGUGACAUUGCCUUUGCCUAUCCAUAUGCCUUGCUCCUUCUUGAAAUACAGGAUACUCUAAGGUCUCAUCCACCAGAAAAUCGAAUCAUGAAAAAGGCCUUCAUGGUUGCAAUAAUCAUGAAAACAUUCUUCUACCUUUGUUGUGGAUGCUUUGGAUAUGCAGCUUUUGGAAAUGAUACACCAGGAAACCUCUUGAUAGGUUUUGGUUUUUAUGAGCCUUAUUGGCUUGUUGCCUUUGCUAAUGUUUGCAUUAUUCUUCAUUUGGUGGGAGGAUAUCAGAUAUAUAGUCAACCAAUAUCUGUUGAUAGAUGGUGCUCAAGAAAAAUCCCUAAUAAUAGAUUUGUAAAUAAGUCCUACAAAGUGAAAUUGCCUUUAUUAUCCAAUUUUGAGUUAAAUGUAUUUAGGUUUUGUUUUAGAACAACCUAUGUGAUUUCAACCACUGGAAUUGCAAUUUUGUUCCCUUACUUCAACCAAGUUUUGGGAGUGUUAGGAGCCAUAAACUUUUGGCCAUUGGCUAUCUACUUUCCAGUAGAGAUGUAUUUACAACAAAAGAAAAUUGGUGGUUGGACUAGAAAAUGGAUUGUUCUUAUUAGGAUGUUUAGCUUUGUUUGCUUUGCUGUGACAGUUGUGGGUCUAGUAGGGUCAAUUCAAGGAAUCAUAAGUGAGAAACUUAGCUAA